AUUUAAUUGAUGGGCUAAUGGCCAGCUAUAGUACAAUAGGUGGUAGCUCGUAGGGACACGGGAUUUUUGGUGGAAGCGAAUCCAAGAGGCGGAGUACCAUGCGUGGGAGGUCUUCGAUAAGUUGAACGGUUCGUUGCUCGCGAGACUCCGCCUCUGCGCGGUUCCACCGGCUUCGAAACGCUCGGUUAGCCCGCUUCGAACCGUCGCGAUCAGUUUCAAUCCCGGCUGGCUUUCCUCUUCGGCGCACGCUCCGUCGUCUCCGCGCGAAUCGCGACGCAGUGAUCAAAAAACCGAUCGUCCUUUUACGUUUCCAGUGCUCGGCACGAGAUAAAUCCAUCCGCCGAUCCAGAAGAAUUGUUCUCCGAGGAUAUCCUCGCUGUUGCUGGUUCCAGACGCUCGUGAUCGCAUCGAAGACGCUGGUCCUGUUUCGGUGGUACGAGAUAGCUUCCCUUGAAAAUGUAACGGCAUACGUCGAAGGUGUAUCUUGUGAUCAGUGACCGGUCGGUUGGAACGAUCUCGAUAAGUGUCAGUGCCUCCGAACGGACUCCGAAAUAUAAUUUAUACGCUUUGGAACGAACAGUGGUGAACAGUGGAGGGGUUGCCCGCUUAUUGGGAGGACCAAGCCGUGCAGCAUAGUGUAAAUGCAGCUGCAGCGGCCAGCAUUUUUAUGAAUUACGAUCCGGACAAAUCGAGGAUGGUCUCCCACGUGAUUCCCGUCGCUGGAGAGCUGCAACAAGGGAAUGGAAGCUUAGGCGUGACAGGAUUGGGGAUGCAGGAGUCCACUCACUCGUUGAAGAUCAAGCAGGAGCCCUUCCAGGUGUCUCCGCCCUCGCCGUUGCCGUCUCUCCACCAAGUGAGCAGCUUCGUGUCCGAGAUGAACGGAUGCAUGGGUUCGUCGCUGAAACAGGAGUCCGCCAACUUGCCCAGAGGACUGACCACGUCCCAUCACGGCUCUCUGACCCAUCAUCAUCCUCACCACAGCCUACACAGUCCGAGUCCGGCGCUGUCCAUACACUCGGCCGGCUCGACUCCUCAUCAUCAUCUCGACGAGAAGGGAUCGUCUCCGACGGGAGUUCUUCACAGCACGACUAACAGCAACCCGUCCACUCCUUCCGCGCCGUCCACGCCUACGACGGCCGCGGACGGGUCCGCUGCCAAGCCCGGAACCGGAAACGAGGGUAGCAACAGCAACGAUGCAGCUAACAAGAAGCCACCGUUCAGCUACGUCGCUUUGAUCGCGAUGGCGAUCCAAGACAGUGCUCAGAAAAGGGCGACACUCAGCGAAAUUUAUGCGUACAUCACCGCUAGAUUUCCGUAUUUCCAGAAGAACAAGAAGGGAUGGCAGAACUCCAUCAGGCACAAUUUGUCUUUGAACGAGUGCUUCGUGAAGCAGCCUCGUGACGGUGGCGGCGGAGUCAAGGGGAACUUCUGGACUCUCGAUCCCAGCUUCGCGGAUAUGUUUGAGAACGGGAAUUACAGGAGACGCAGACGCAUGAAACGACCCUACAGGAACGCGCCGUAUCAUAAGCCGUUGUACGGAGACCAUUUCUCUCCGACCCACGUUCAUCUGGGAGCUAGAAACUUGUUCGGCCACUCGCCACCUUCUUACGCUCCGUCCACGUACACCAGAUACGACACCAGUGCUUGGAGUCUUCAGCAAUCGCAGCUCUCCUACAGCCAUUGUCAAUCGCUUCAGCCGCAAUUGCAGCCGAUACAAUCCAUGCAGAUUCCAACGAUGAACGGCUACAGCCAACUGGGCACCUCCUUAACGUUUCAAGGCAAUUACUUGGAUGUUCCAGGUGGGACCGCGAGCUCUCCCGGUUCAAUGAGCAGCGGAUCGUUUGGAAGCAGUUUCGCGAGGAGACACGACACGGCUAUGACGCCCGAAACCGUGCCCCCCAGAUGUUAUUGGUCGGAAAUGGUGAACGUGAAGGAGGAACCGGGAACCGUGGCCGUGUCGAGCACCAGCGUGGGUGGCGUAGGCGUGCCAUCGGGGAUAAUGGGAUCCACUGCUCCCACAGGAGUUUCUUCCACCGGAUUCGCGCCUAUGGAGUUCCAGUCGAGGUCCAAAUGUUUCAUGUGAAUUGACGAAGAUCCGUGCAUCGUUCAGUCCUUGUUCGAUUGAAGACAGUGAGCGGUGCGAGUGUCACCUUUCGUCGGGGAGUUCAACGGGAAUCUGCGCGCUGGGCCACAGUGAGAAUUCCAGGCCAGGAGAGUGUGAAAGGUCUCUUUCACUCGACAAACGAUAGACUUUGCACCCCUGUCCUCGUGAGUUUUCGACUGCUAUACAGUAUUCGAUGUUUAAACGAGAUAAGGGACUGGUCCGUGACUCGUGAAUCAGUUCGCUUUCUGAUACAAAGGGAACGAGUCCGCGAGGAGCGAAUUUAGAGUUAAGAACAUGUAGCGCGUUAGGGCGUAUCGAGACGGGAAGGCGCCUGACGGGUGCUUUUCUUUUAUAUACAUAACCACGUAAAUGCAAAAGAUAUAAAUGUGUAGAUCGCAUAACGCAAUAGUAACGUAAAUCAAAAAAAGGAUAGCGGUUUCGUUUGAAGUCUGUUCUUCGUCGGUGUACAUAUCUAAGCCUAACUAGUUUGUGAACCCAGGACAUACAGUUCCUGUGUAAUUAGAUGUAAAGUCGAAAAUAAAUCUCUAUUAUUUAUCGCCAGGUCUGAUCGA